GGAUGGAAGGCUGCCCCUAAGCGGGAGGCCCGCGGAGCAGCCCCUCAUUCUCGGGGCUUCUCUGUGCCGCCCCCAUUGGGGGAGCUAUCCCCUCAGGAAAGAGGGUUGAGGGUCAGGGUCUCCUUCACGGGGAGAAAAGUUCCCAGAGCCGACCGGUUUCCCCACACCACCACGGUUUCCCCCCCACCCCGAUCCCCACUUUCUAAAUGGAACUGCCUUUUCUUCGUCCUCAUCUCCCAUCUGGAGUCGGGGUCGCAGUGCCCCUCCAGGCGAGGUUUCCUUCACCUGAAAGAAGAGAAUGUCAAGACGCAGUAGCCGUUUACAAGCUAAACAGCAGCCCCAGGCCAGUCAGACGGAUUCCCCGCAAGAAGCCCAGGUAAUUCAGGCCAAGAAGAGAAAAACGGCCCAGGAUGUCAAAAAAAGAAAAGAGGAGGUCACCAAGAAACAUCAGUAUGAAAUUAGGAAUUGUUGGCCACCUGUAUUAUCCGGGGGGAUCAGUCCUUGCAUUAUCAUUGAAACACCCCACAAAGAAAUAGGAACAAGUGACUUCUCCAGAUUCACAAAUUAUAGAUUUAAAAAUCUUUUUAUUAAUCCUUCACCUUUACCUGAUUUAAGCUGGGGAUGUUCACAAGAUGUUUGGCUAAACAUGUUAAAAAAAGAGACCAGAUAUGUUCACGACAAACAUUUUGAAGUUCUGCAUUCUGAGUUGGAACCACAGAUGAGGUCAAUACUUCUAGACUGGCUUUUAGAGGUAUGUGAAGUAUACACACUUCAUAGGGAAACAUUUUAUCUUGCACAAGACUUUUUUGAUAGAUUUAUGUUGACACAAAAGGAUAUAAAUAAAAAUAUGCUUCAACUGAUUGGAAUUACCUCAUUAUUCAUUGCUUCCAAACUUGAGGAAAUCUACGCUCCUAAGCUCCAAGAGUUUGCUUAUGUCACUGAUGGUGCUUGCAGUGAAGAUGAUAUCUUAAGGAUGGAACUUGCUAUAUUAAAGGCUUUAAAAUGGGAACUUUGUCCUGUAACGGUCAUCUCCUGGCUAAAUCUUUUCCUCCAAGUUGAUGCUCUUAAAGAUGCUCCUAAAGUUCUUCUACCUCAGUAUUCUCAGGAAAAGUUCAUUCAAAUUGCUCAGCUUUUAGAUCUGUGUAUUUUAGCCAUCGAUUCAUUAGAGUUCCAGUACAGAAUACUGGCUGCUGCUGCCUUGUGCCACUUUACCUCUAUUGAAGUGGUUAAGAAAGCCUCAGGUUUGGAAUGGGACAACAUUUCUGAAUGUGUAGACUGGAUGGUACCUUUUGUCAGUGUAGUAAAAAGUACUAGCCCAGCGAAGCUUAAGAUUUUUAAGAAGAUUUCUAUGGAAGACAGACACAACAUACAGACACAUACAAAUUAUCUGGCUAUGCUGGAUGAAGUAAAUUAUGUAAACACCUUCAGAAAGGAGGGACAGUUGUCACCAGUGUGCAAUGGAGGCAUUAUGACACCACCGAAGAGCACUGAAAAACCACCAGGAAAACACUAAGAAAGUUAACUGAGCAAACAACUGGGAACUGAUGAAGUGCUGCACAGCAUUUCAUGGAACUUAACUACUUAAGUUUUACAGGAAAACAGUGCUGUGACUGUCCUGCCAAUUCAGAAGUUUCACUGCCAUUCUUUGAUUUAAAAACCACUUAAAAUUGGCACUAAGGAGGAAAUGUAUUUAAUUCCCAUGUUAGCUGUUUAAAGAAACAGCAGUACUUGUUUACAAAGAUGACUUCAUUCCCAGUACUGGCUGGAUAAAAGCCAGCCACGAUUUGUGCCAUAACAAGUCUUUGACCCAGUGUUGCUAUGUUUAUCUUGAUAAACUAGGAAUUUCAUCAUUGGAAUUUUCAACUAGAUAACUGUUACCUUAAAGGGUAUAUUAAAUGAUACAGUACUUUGAAUCUAGUUUAUAGGUUCUCAAAAUUUAUAAACUCUUAACUAGUGCAAUUUGGUUCUUGAAAAUAAAAUUUAAACUUGUUUACAAAGGUUUAGUUUUUUAAUAAGGUGACUAAUUUAUCUAUAGCUGCUGUAGCAAGCAAGCUAUUAUAAAACUUGAAUUUUUAAAAAAUGGUGAACUUUCAUCUGUUUGACUAUUUUUAUUUGCCUUGCUAUAUAAAACAUUUUUAACCAGUAAAGCUUAGAUGAACAUGGUGUUUAAACUGUACUCUGAACAGUGGGAAUACCAAAGAACUUAUAAACAAGAUAAAUGCUGUGGCUCCUACUUGGGGCUUUGACAUAAAGGUUGCUUUAUAAUAACUCUUUGUACAUCACAAUUGGGGCGAAAAACUUAAGUACCCUUUCAAACUAUUUAUAUGAGAAAGUCACUUUAUUACUCUAAAAAAAAUCUUUAGAGUUAUCUUAAUUUAGUGUGACUAAGGCUUUAUUUAUAUUUACAAAACUGCUAAGGUCCUUUUUAAAUUCUUACAUUAUGAGUUAAGGACAGUGUCAAAGUGAUAAAGCUUAACACUUGACCUAAACUUCUAUUUUCUUAAGGCAGAAAAGCAGUAAAUGUAUACUGACUCCUAGAAAUCUAUUUAUUUUUAAAAAAAGCAACAAAACCUUGACAUAAGAACUUACUGUAUAUAGCUACUCCUACAUAAAUAUUCUAGUUUUUUUAAAAAUGAAAUGUCAGCCUCAAAAGUAGAUUAGAAAAUUAUCCUAGAUUUACUAGUUUAUUGUUAUUGAACAUGUGACUCUUUUUCCUUUGAAGAAAUUAUAAAUUUAAGCUAUUGUUAUGGUAUGAAGUCUUCUGUAUAGUUUUCAUUUUUAAACUAAUAUGUUUCAGUAUUCUGUCUGAAAAGAAAACGCCACUAAAUAUGUACAUAUGUAUUAUAUAAACUUAAUCUUUUAAUACUGUUUAUUUUUAGCCCAUCAUUUAAAAAAUAAAAGUUAAAAAUUGUAACUAA